AUGCCAUUGUAUCCACUCCCUUUUAAGCAGAGAUUAUUGUUUUUUUUCAAUGUUGCAGCCAUGACCUUAUGGCUUUGUUGUUUUAUGAGGUUUUUGAUCCUACUACCUUUGGUUGGAAGACGCUUUUUACCAGGAGGAAUCGCCGACUUCUUCCAUGCUGUGGCAGUAACCCCUGUGAUAGGUACAUUACUACUCCUAUCCUUGGGCCUUACAAAAUGGAAGUCACAAAUAUGGCCAUUAUUGAAUGGAAUCAAAAUGGUUUGUAUUUGCUACGCAGUUAUAUUUCCUCAUCCAAAGAUAGCUAAACAUACGUCAUAUUCACUACUCAUAACAGCUUGGUGUUUACAGUAUAUCAUUCAUUAUAGCUACCAUGGGUUUCGAGUGAAAACCAGGACGUCACCGUUUUUCUUGUUUUGGUUGCAAUACAACAAUUUUUACAUUGUUUAUCCUUUGUCGGUAGUGGCAGAAAUGAUUCAGGUGUUUUUAAGUUUGUCGUUUGUGGAAGAGGACUCGAUCCAUGAGUUGGCGCUUAAGGCAAUGUUUGUGGGAUAUAUUCCAGUUGCUUAUUUCGCCUGGGGGCAUCUUAAGUCGAGGAGGGACAUCAAAUUCACAGAGGUUAUGAAAAAGAAACAAUUGAGACCAAGCGCUGAGCUCUCAGCCACCAAAAUUGAUUUCAAGCUAUUGAACAACCCAUCUGACAAACAAGAGAUCAAAGUGUCCUUUAAAGAUAAGCAUACAAUGGCUGCUGAUCCUAGUGCCAUGUCGGUUGCUGACUUGGGAGACUAUUUCGACUCACACUCGAGGAAGUUGGCAAUCAAGGAUUCAAUACAGGAGUAG